AUGGCGUCCCCACCUAUUAUUUCUAGUACGGCUGGUCGAGAUUCACCAAACCCAAGCUUUAACGAACCAUUUCAAUUCGAUGAACAUAAAUUUUCAACAUAUGCAUCUAAUCCAGAAAAACAAGAAUUAUAUGUUUUCAAUUGGUUAUCGAAUUUAGAAAGGGAGUUAAAAAAGACCGACAAA